AUGACUGCCCUUGCCCAGCCGCCGUCCACAGAUACCACCACCUUGCGCAUCGUCAUCGAGCGCAGCGGUACACACCACCUGUACCUAAUGCGCACGUACGCCCACUUACCCACCUCUGUCAUGAUGGGAAGAACCAUAGCCAUGUACCAGCGAGAACAGCCAUGGUGGUCACGUUGGCUCUGCAAGCCCGUUGUGGAGAUAGCUACUAUCCUGCGCUCCGUUGACAGCGAGACCCAGUCCAGCAACGGGCAGGAAGUCUUUGUCACAAGGCGCAGUCCUUCAAACUUGAAUUUAGCCAUCCAUCAGAUGUCUGCUGGCUUGGGGUCUCCACUCGGAGCAAGUGACUCUCCCAAGGCGAUCCUUCUCCGACCCAAGCUCACUCACACCGGCCUAGGCCUCGUCGCCAUGGCAAUCAUACUGGCCAUCGUGGCGCCGGGGGUGCUCCUCGGGAUGAUGGCUGGGGAUGCGGAGCUGGGGAUCACGCUGUCGGCCACAAUUGCUGGGACGUUCGCUCUGGCGGGAAAGCUUCACGGUGGUCAUGCACGGUGA